UAUCCGAUCCAUGGACUUGGGAUAAGUGAGCACCGUUUCAAAAUGAUAAUUUCGAGAUUCAUUUCACCAUGCCGUUGCUAUAAUCCAGGGGGAGAAAAUGGAAAUCGUAGGUGCAGAUGGUUCAAAAUUGGCGCUAAAAUCCGGUUCAAAAACCACAUUCGGGAGAGGUUCAGGGUUUAACACCGAUGACCGGACCGUUUCUCGCCGUCACGUUGAACUCGAGCUCGAAACUCUGGUCGACGAAAACGGCGAGACUCGAACGGAGGAGCCUAGUGUUUCAUUCGAAGUUACAGGUUUGAACCCGGUUUGGGUACGGAGAGGAACGAAUGGGGAGAUUAAGGUUUUUAAUAGUUCCGACAAAGGUCGGCUUGAAAACGGCGAUUGGAUCUGCGUUUCGGGUCGGGUCCCUGUUUGGUUUGUUUUGAAGAAAACUGAAGAAAAUGGAAAAGAAGAAAGGGAUUUGGGGAGUGAGAGUGGAGCAGAGAGUGUCGAUAUUGAAGAUAUUGACCCUGUUAAAGAAUUCGGUUUUCUUGUAAUCGGGCACGAGUUUGAUCGAUACCCUAAUCAAAGAAUCCGUAAUAUAAAGAACUGGGAAUGGUUUCUUGAGGAACACGGAAACGGUAGCGAUGAUGAAGAUGACGUCGAACGAAAGAGGGGGAGAAGUAAGGGGAAAAAGAGAAAGAAAGGCGAUAAUGAUGAAGACGAUGACUGGACCGGUGAGAGCGAGGGUGAGAUUGAGGAGGUUGCUACAAAAGGAAGAAAAGCCCGGGGAGCGGUCUAUUCUACAAGGUCGAAGGACCGUGACAAGUCAAAGAAGAAUGGUGGCAAAAUAAGUUCCACAUCGAAGAAAACUGUCACUGCAAGGGAAGAAAGCGGUGUUGAUGACGAUGACGAAGAUGAUGAAACGCUCGGUGACUUUAUCGUGGAGGACGAUGAUGCAGAAUUGGAAGAAGAAAGCGAAUCGGAUGAAGAAGAGGAAGAAGAUUUUGAUGAUGAAGACGAGGACAACAACGACUAAGUAAAUUUGUAAGUAUUUUGGCUUUGGUAGUUGACCUGUUUUAAAACUAGCAUGACAUGUCGAAGCUUCGGUACAUGUCCCGAAUAGGUGAAGUAUAAUGUUCAGUCGUGUUGUAUUUUUCAUGUUAUAUUCGUGUAGUGUAAUUGUGUCAUGUUCUUGUCAA